AUGUCAUCAGACCCUAGCAAGAUGCCCACCCCUGGGUCAAAGAAGAGCCCGGACUGGAAAGGGAAGGUAGAGGAGCUGUUGGAAUUUUUCGAGGACUUUGAGGAGUUGGCAAAGGUAGCAAGCUUGAAGGACAAGGAGAAGAUGAAGUGGGUGUUGAAGUAUGUGGCUGAGAAGAGCACGAGGAAGUUUUGGAAGUCUCUGGACGCCUACAGCGCAACUCCAAAGGAUUGGGCUGCUUUCAAAAAGGAGGUUUUGGAGCAGUAUCCGGGUGCCGAGGAAGGCGAGGCAUACACUGUGCCCGACUUGGAGAAAUUGACGAAGGCAACAGCUGAAAAACGCAUCAACACAGAGGAACAUUUUAUGAAGUAUUACUCACAUUUCAAGCCAAUGGCGAAGUUCCUAGUUGCCAAGAACAAGAUCAGCACACUGGACAGUAAUCGGUACUUCUGGAACGGCCUGCCCAAGGUUAUGCCAUCAGUGGAAAACGUUGUCAAAGCAGCACAGAGGGUGUUGGGGGAAGAUGCGUUGGAUUCGGACAGCGACGACCCGAUUCCUGUACGAGGAAGGAGGUCAAAGAAGAGCAAAGACAGGUGCUCAAAGAGCAAUAGCAGCUCAUCGGAUUCUUCAAGUGAUGGCGAUGCUUCUGCGAAUGAUUCGUCUGAUUCUGACAGUGAUAGCGACAAUGGUGUGAAGAAGAAGAGGAAGGGGAAAGAGCGGACACGGAAGGUGGAGGUAAAGGAGAAAGUUGGGGAAGAGGUGGAAAGAUUGACAAAGAAGCUUCAUGGUCUAAAGGUUGGCAACAUCAAUUACGCGGCAACAUACAUCAAAUUGGUCAGGCUCGCACCUAUCGCCGCAUCUGUCAUUCCAAAGCCUACAUCUUCCGUCUGGGGUCAGACAGAGAACCAAACCUCAACAUCAGGAGUCAACACAGUGCAAGCACCACUUGCACCUCCUCGACGGAAGCCUUGCUAUUUCUGCAACAAUUAUGGCCAUGUUUUGCGGGCUUGUCAUUGGGUAGAAGACUAUGUUGCUGCAAAGCGGGUGGUGUGGAAAGACAACCUUCUCUAUUUUCCUGAUGAACGAGGUGGACAGGCAGUUGAAUUCAACCAACAAGGACUCAAAGUAGUGGUCGACAAGGCUUUUGGCGGACAACUCGAGAGGGCACGCGACAGACCCCCGCACAUGGCCACAACAUCUUUCGUAGCUGUAACGCCAGUCAGUGCAACCUUUGCCACAAUGGAGGAGGUUUAUGAUAGUGAGUGCAAAGGUGAGGAGGAGGAUGAGAUUGCAUUGAUGGAGGUUUUUGAGGAGCUGAGAGAGGCAGAAGCAUUUGCAAUGACGAGAGGAAAAGCAAAGGAGUUGGAGAAGCAGAAGGCUGGUGAAGAAAAAGGGACCACUGGAAGAAAGGAGAAAUCAGCCAAAGUAUCAUCUACGACACUGGAGAAAGCUUUUACCUAUGAAUCAGCAGCGGCGGACCCAGACGCAGCAUCCAAAAUGUACGACCGCAUCAUGAAGACACCCAUUCACGACAUGACUGUUGGCGACCUUGUUUCGCUGAGUGGUGACCUGCGUAAGCGCAUUGUCAAGCAGUGCCGCAUGACAAAGACACUGGUUACAGUCAAUGCGACUGCUGCUACAAUGAGUGUCCAGUCUAUUCCGCUCGAAUAUUGUACGCCAUUGCGGGAGGUGGCUGUGAGGGUGGCAGCAAAGGUGGAUGAGAGAGCGUUGUUGGACGAUGGUUCGGAGAUUGUGGUGAUGCGGAGGGAUCUGUGGGAGGAGACAAGACACAAGGUCAAUAUGCGGCGAAAUAUGAUGAUGGAGACAGCGAAUGGCGACUUGGAGAAGAUGGAGGGUUGUGCUGAGUUCAUCGAGGUGGAGGUCAAUGGCUUGAAGACAUGGGCGCACACCUUUGUGGUGCCUCAAGCCCCAUUCCGAUUGUUGCUCGGUCGACCAUGGCAGAAGAGUGUCCUGCUGCAGAAGGCAGAGUUCGAGGAUGGCAGACUUCAUGUCACAAUCCACAGCCCUUUGGACCGUUCAAAGAAAUGUGUGGUUGAAAUGAAGGAGAGAGAGUCGAGUGGAGGGAAAGGAACAACUUUCGAGGGAGGCCCAACUGCGCAGACCUUGGCAUACAAGAAGGUCGCGAGGAGGAUAAAGCCGGUUUCGACAACGAUGCCUGAACGCGCCAAAGUCAAGUGCCAUUUUCCCGAGGAUCCGCUGGCUACACUACCAGCAGUGCCAGUGGUUCCUCCUGAUUUUAAACCAGGCAUACGAUUGACGGAGGAGAGGUUGGCGAAUUUGGGGAUCAUGGAGAAUGUGUUUUUGUGGCCGGAGGAGCGGAAGUUAGCGGCGGCGGUGUUGUUGGUGAACGAGACUGCCUUGGCAUGGAGUGAGGAGGAGAAAGGCCGUUUCUGCGAGGACUAUAUUGAGCCCGUGGUCAUUCCGGUCAUCGAGCAUAUUCCAUGGUUCAAGAAAAGCCCUCCCUUCCCACCAGCAGUCAGGGAGAAAAUUAAGAAGGUGGUCGAGAAGAAAGUCGCCUCCAGAGUUUACGAAGAAUCUACCAGCUCAUAUCAGCAUACAAUUCUGUCAGUCAACAAGAAGAACGGUGACAUAUGCAUCGUACACAACCUUGCACCGCUCAAUGAGGUUACCAUAAAAGGUGGCUCACAACUUCCAAUUAUCGACCAGUACACAGAGUUGUGCAGCGGCUGUGGUGUUUAUUCAACUCUCGACAUCUUUGUUGGCUUUGAUCACAGCUCCUUGGCAGAGGAAUCAAGAGAUCUGACAACAUUCGACACCCCUCUCGGAACCCAUCGCCUCACAGUUUUGCCUCAGGGGUGGACUGGAUCGCCGGGGAUAUUCCAUCGCCAGGUUGCAUUUUUGCUGCAGCACGAGACAGAGAUAGCACCAAAUUUUGUAGACGAUGUGACAGUGUUGGGGCCACGGACACGAUACGAGACACCGGACGGAGGGUUCGAGGUUUUGAUGGGGAAUCCUGGCAUUUGCCGAUUCAUUUGA